AAAUGGUAGAUGUUGAGUUUGAAACUGCCAAAGAAGAUUACAGCGCGAGAAGCUUUUAUGAGCACUACAAAGAUAACCUUCCACAAAUGGUCAUGGUGACACAGGGAUAUAUGGGAGAGGGCAUCUUUGAGACUUUUGAUAGGGGUCAGGUUUUCAGAAUCCAGACAUAUUCGACACAGAAGAGAGUUGUCGCAGUCGUGGUCUCCGGUGAAAAGGGGAUGUACGGAUUGCAGGGAAGAAAAAUCAGUAUUCCUGCUAAUUAUGACGUUACUUUUCAUAUUAUGAAACACGGAAAACCUAAAGGAAAGUCGAUUAGACUAAAGGAGAUCUUAGAACACAAAGAGCUUCCAAUUGAAGUACAGAUAUCUGCACAUGAGGAUCAAUAUGCAGACCAACAACAUCUCGGUCCUUUACUAAGGACAGGCCUAUUUACCCUCAGGCUUCUCAAUACGUACGAUGAUUUCUUCCUCCUUGGAAACGCUAUAUGUGAUGGAAACUUGUAUGGUAGUGUAACAGCAGUCCCUGCUUAUCUCCCUGAUCUUCAGUUCUCCAUCGUGAAGUCUAUAAAAGGUUGCACUGGUGAACAGUACCUCCAUUUCCUUUCUGUUACAGACCAAUUUGUCAAAGAUAAUAUAACAUUUGACCAAACCUUUGGCAAUACAGAUAUCGCACUAUACUCACCUGAACAGGCACACGCUGAAGAAAGCUAUUCCUACAUAUCACCCUGUGAAUAUUAUAAUAUUGGUGACCUAUUGAGAAACAACAAGGCAGAACCAGUCGUCAAAAGACAGAAACAAACAGACAAGGUUUACGAAGUAAUCCGAGCAUCUACAAUAUCAAUGAAUCAACAGGAAAGCCAGUACGAAGUUACAAUAUUCGGCGAAAAAACGGGGCCUACUAGUAAUCCAAAAUUUGAUCCUAAUACAAUUAAGGACGCCAAAACGCAACUGAGGAAUACAGGUAGUUUUGGAUUGCCUAGAAAGGAUCAGAAACAAGGAGAAAACAAAAAUGAGGACCAAAAAUCGUUUUCAAAUUCGGGAAAUACGCUUCAAUCAUCGAAGACAAAAGACCAACAAAAACAGUCAGAUACAUCAGUCAAACAAGAAAAGGUCGCAUUAGAAAAAAUAAGUGAUAACAAAAAUACGGAUUCCUGUUCUGACUUAACACGUAGACCCAAACCAACCAGUCCACAUAAUAGUACAGACGUACCACCACGUAUCCCUGAGAGGCGGUCAAUCGUUGAAAAUAUAGGAUUAGUUCGUCCUUCACCAUCAACUAAACCUGCAACUUCUACGGUUCAAAGGUCACAAACAUCGGAACCGGAAGUGGUUGUAGAUGUCGCUUCGUUAACAAUAGAGGACGUAAGCGAAUGGUUAAGGAAAUUGAAACUGGAAAAAUAUUCGGGUGUGUUUGAAGAAAACCAGGUUGAUGGUUGUAUUCUCAUGUCUAUUGACGAAGACAUGUUAAAAGAAGAUUUCCAUAUGAGUCGAUUCGAAGUCAUGAAACUGAUGAAAUUUGUAAGAAAUGGGCACGUUCCGCGAACAAGACUAACGGAGAAUUAACUCCAUUCAAUAUUUGGAUGUAAUGUCACCAUACGAAUUUUAGUUUUUAUGGAUAUAUAUAUGGAUACACUACAGCUAGAAAUCAUGUUUAGCUAAUAGUUUUUCAGUAGUUAAUGCCAAAUUUGAUUUGCAAAUACAAUUUGACAAAUGCAAUCGGCAAGUGCUACUCUGGUGCAUUUAUGUAGGA